AUGAGCAGUAAUCUGCUGACGCAUUCGAGCGGGUUCUGCUACGACAAAUUCGACCCCGACAUGGUGAAGUGGUCGGCAUCUAUCGGUCGCUCCGUCGACUGGCAAUCAAAUACUAUCGAGGGCUUUACGUUCCCUCUUAAGUUCGAGCCUGGCUCGAGCUGGACGUAUGGCGUAGGAUCCGAUUGGGCCGCAAUCGUCGUCGAGACUCUCAGCGGCAGCACUCUGGAAGAAUACUGCCAGCAUAAUAUCUUCACACCUUUGGGGCUCUCGUCCUCGACGUUUCUGAUCUCACAACAUCCACAGCUCGCCAGUCGCCGUGCGUCAGUUGUCUAUCGCUCAACAGGAAAAGCCACUUUCCGGUCGGGUAGCGACCCUGGUCCGCGGGCCCCUAAGCAAAUCGGUGGCGGCUCGGGACUGUACACGACCGCUGAGGACUAUGCAAAGUUGCUAGGGGCUCUCGUGAGCAACGACCCGAGGAUCUUGCAACCCCAAUCAAUAAAGGAGCUAUUCCGGCCGCAGCUCAUAAAUCCUGGAGCCCUGCAGGCCUUUUGUGACGGGCCGUCUCAUAACUUGUUCUGCACAGAAUUUCCGCGGGGACUUCCUGUAGACUAUGCGCUGGGGGGGAUGGUGAACCUUGAAGACGUCGCCGGGAAGCGUCGUAAAGGGAGCAUGAUGUGGAGUGGAUAUACUAACCCCCACUGGUGGAUCGACAGGGAGACGGGGAUCGCAGCUACGCUGUUUACACAGACCUUGCCACCUGGGGACGGAGUUGUCGUAACCCUCUACGAUGAACUUGAGAAAGUGGUCUAUGAAAAUAUUCUCAAAGAACAGUAA